AGGGCGGAGUUUAGCUCUCUCCGUGCUCCCAAACUCCCGUUAGGCUCCACAUUGGAUCGUCGCCACCUCCCGCUCAACAAAACGAGCUUCCUCCUGCUCGUCAUCGGCGGGAGGAGUUGUGUGUCUGUUGGUCUGUUGGUCUGUUAACCGAAACAAGAACUCACCGAGAAAUAACACGUCAAUCUAACCGGAUAAAAGACAAGGCACAGAAGAUGUCUUCGCUACGGAGUAAAUCUGCGCAGGAUAUCAGCGACCUGCUGGAUGAAUACGGGAUAAAACACGGACCUGUGGUCGACACCACCAGAGGUCUGUAUGAGAGGAAGCUGAAGGAGGCCAUGGCCAAAGGGAAAAGAGUGAAACCUUCACCUGACAAAACCUACUACAGAGAAGAAGAGGAAGUCACCUAUGAAUACAGCAAGACACCUGUGAGGAGUGAAGGCGCGGGAGACAGCUGGUCUUACACGAGGCCAGGACCAGAGUGUUAUGAGAGGGAAUUUGAACAAGAGACGUCCUACACAAACUACUCGAGGUCGACGCCUGAAUACAGAGGACGGGCUCCUGUUGAGGAGCCCCACAUGUACGACACGCCGUCCACUUACAGAAGCUCCUAUUUGAAAUCGACACCCAUGAAACCUCAAGAUGCUCCGAAGGCACCCAAGUCGUCUCGCCUCAUCCCACUCUGGGUUCAGUUUGUGUUCUUCAUCGCCGUGGCCGUCUUCCUCUACUUAGUUUUUUCCAAUAUGGAGACAAAUGAAUCCCUCAAAGGGAUAGAAUGAUUUUUUUUUUUUUGUUUUUUUAAUUCAUGCUCACUUUUUACUUUAUUGUGCAUUUUAAUUGGAUGAAUGUAUUUGGGUUAAUGCCUUUAUUUUAGACAUUGCUGAGAUUGGGCUUUAUGCAAUAUUUUUAUGCUUUUAUAAUUAUUUGCUUGCUGAUGUUUAUAGUUAAAAUAGUCACCCAGCUUAACUACUAGAUGAGGACGCCACUUUAAAAAGGACAGAUCACUCAGAAACACACGGAAUCCUUCCUCCUCUUACCUGGAUCAGUUUCAGUGUGAUCUGAUGAACGUUUUGGAGAUCAUCGUCCACAGUUCGUCCACAGCACAGAGCACCCGCUGGUGUUUGGCUCGCAGUGCUGAUGAAUAUGUCAAGAAAUUGGGAAAAACUCAGUCCACAUAUGAUGCCACAGUUAAACUUUAAAUAUCCACAGAUCUUGAUGUCAGCAAUUUAAGGUCAGAGAUGUCUUGUAUUCAGAAAGAGACAUUUUGAUGUUUUGUUUGGCACAUAGAGCGUCACAAACUGCAAAUUAAAUGCUAGUCAGCUCCACUGUGUUGUGGUGAGCCUCAGCAAUUCACAGUGAAUCUAUCCACAUCAUACAUAUCCUAUAAUUUCAACAUAAAUCUCUCGUUAGACUUCAUAGACCACUGUUAAAAUUUAAUUAAGAUCAUUUUUAAUUUUGCUAGAUUUUAAGCAACUUUUAGAUAUUUUUCUUUGCACAUUAGACCGAAUGUGUUCACAUUUCAAAACCACUGCAGCUCAGUAUCAAAAGUAUUGCACCAGAUCUAUUUAGCGUCCCAAAAUGUUGCUUUUUUUCAGUGUUACAAUACUUGGUAAUAAUAAGGGCAUCUAACGGUCUAUGAUUCUGUGUAUAUUGUCAAUAUGAAGAUCGACUAAAUCCUUGUAGUUUAUAUAAUCUUGGGGUACAACAAUGCUUCCAUUUGUCAGAAAUAAUAAUUAAAGAAGUACAGUUGGGACAAACCAGCUGUAAUGCAAGUGCCUCCAUGUUUUUUUAGGAAUAAAUUGGGAUAUAAGUAUUGAUGUUUUUUCAGCGUUUAAUAUAAGAAGUUGAGGUUUUAUCUCGGGUAAAAAAUAUGAAAUUGAAGUGUUUAUACGAGCUGUAAUGCCAUGUUUAUGCUUUGCUUCAGUUGAAAUAUCACAUUUGUACUAUCCAACAUUUACGUCCUGUAGAGUUUGACGUGUUUUGUAUUGCUGUUGCAUAAUUCAAACUAUUAAAAGAGCUUGUAUAUGUAAA